UCGUCCUCUUCAUUUAUUUACCAAAAUUACCCUCGACAUUUUCCUUUCUCAGAUUUUCGCCCAAAGGAUCUAAUCUUCUUCUUUUUCUUCUGCCAUGAAAGAUUCCAUCAACGAGGUUUCAUUCUCCCUCCGUACAUUUUUACUUCUUCGCCAACAUUUCCAACCCAAUCCACUGCCAAUUCAACAAGCUGUCUCCCAUUAUUAGAAACACCAGCUUUUUUCAUUUAUAUAUAUAACUUUAUUAGGCUAUAGAUAUAGAUAUAUUAUAUAUAUACAGAGACAUAAACUGUAAAGGAGAAGAUGAUUGAAUUGACGGAAGAAGGGUUUUGUUUUCCGAAGCUUUUGGUGGGUGUUAAUGUUGCUCUUGCUCUUGUUGAUGGUUUUAUUGCGGUUGUUUCAUUGGCUCAGCUACACAGGAUUCAUUCCAGGAACAGACACAGUGGGUGGACUCGCCAAAAAGUCUUUCAUCUCAUGAUUGGCUCUUCUAAUAUGGGUUACUUUCUAUAUUUUUUAUUAAGUCUUAUUGCCGCUUGCGAGGGGUGGCAAUGUUGGUCACACUCUUGUGGCUUUGUUUUCAUGGCUUUCCCAAAUGUUCUGUUUUCUGCAGCGUUUCUUCUUCUUUUAUCGUUCUGGGUUGAUCUCUGUCAUCAGUCAGAUGAUGAAGAUGAUGAGGAUGAAGAAAGCAGUGCUGAGGAAUCUUUGUUAGAGAAGACAUUUAAUGAACGGAAUUCAUUAAACGCAGAUAAUCACAAUCACCGAAGAUGUUUACCUUUCCGGUUGGUUCAUGUUCGAAGCCGCCAGAAAAUUGUUAUUUUGGCAACUCUUCUAGCUAUUGUAAUAAUGUUCGCAUUUGCCGUUAUAAUCUGGAUUGGGAUGGGGAAAAACCCUAUUGAUUCGACAGUGGUGGCUCGGGUAUAUGUAGAAGUUUUCGCUGGAGCAAUGCUUUUAUUAGCCGGAGCACUAGCUUGUUAUGGAAUAUUAAUAUGCCUGAAAAUGAGCAAAGUCAGGACCGAAAGAGCUUCUUCGGAGCUUUGGAAGGUUGCGGGUUUAGCUGUUGUUUGUGUUAUAUGUUUCACCUCUAGUGCUUUUGUGGCUCUCUUAACCGAUAUUCCUAUGCUUUAUCACUGGCAUGACCAAGAAGUAAAUGGUGUUUGUAUAUUUCUUCUAAUCGUGUAUUACUUUGUAGGUUCAUCAAUGCCCUCAGCCUUUUUAUUAUGGGUCAUGAGAGAAGUACCGCCCUUAAUAACAGCUUAUGUACAACCAGAAUCAGCUACAUUAACUUUCGUAAGCGAUACUACAGCAGCAAUACCAAAUCCUCAUCACUGGACUACCGCGCCAAGUGUUAGAAAUCAGAUAUCAAGAGCAAGUCCUAUAUAACUUAACAUCUCUAUGCAAAUCAAGUUCUCUUCUUUUUUUCUGCCCCAAAAAUUGAUAUAAGGAUAUAUAUGGCCAAGAUCUGCAUAUGUGGAUUGUGGGCACUGGAUUUGGUGAGAUCACAGCUUGAGGAACUUGGACAAUUAUGAUGAGAUCAAAGAAGGAGGCGGCUGCUGCUACCGAGUCACACACAAAUCCUUAACGGGCACUUGGAGUCGAGCCGUAAGGUUGCCAAUGCCAUGGUUCCUUUUUUAACAUUUUGUCCAUGUACAUAUAAUAACUUGCACAAUGAUAAAUCUUCUAACUUUAUAAAAAUGUUUCUGUUUAGCAAUGAGAGAAUAGAAACAUAGUAUGUGAAUCCUUUUCAUUUGUUGGACAUAACAAUAUUUAGCAGAA